UUCUGGGUUCUCCCUAUCUGGUGGUAUCUGAACCGAUGAGAGGACACCAAAGCUGUGUUUUUAUCUGAUUUAACAUUUACCAAACAUUUUUUGCCAGCCCUACUUGUUUGUUUAUUUGUUUUUCCUAUUAUGAAUAACUAUGGUAAGUGAAUACUUACUGAUCUUAAUAGAGUUACUGUAUUUUGGCUGUGUUUAAGACAUGCAAGUAUGUUAUUUUACAGAUAAUUGUCUCCUUUGGGGCGAGUAGGGGUAGAUACAGUGUGCCUAACCUACCUCUGCCCAGAAAGCUCAUAGUGACCUGAACUACCACAUGAAAAAGAGAUCAUGUGCAAUUAAAUUAAAAAAAAAAGCUAAAUUCUUUGUUGCAUGUUCUGUUUGGCAGGGUUGAAAACUAGGACUUCUCUGAAAUUUCCUCUGGGUUUUCAUUAUAGCCAUAUUUCCAAAGCCAAACAUUUUACUCCUAAUUUGGGCUGUGUUUCAAGCAGCCAAGUGUGCGUGCAGCAGGGUAAAGUCCACUGGAGGCAAAAGGGCAGUGCAACUGCCAGCCACAUUCAGAAGGAAGAGAUAAAUGGAAAACUAAGAAUAGCUUUGCCCAUUUUCAGGAAGGAACCUUCCAUCUGAUGAGGCCCUUGCUACCUCUCUACAGUGCCUCAGCAGGUGUUUUCUCCUGUCCUUGCUUUGCAAAUUCCAAUUCCCAUAAGCUUCCAAAUUGUAAUGCUCUGUAGAAAUAGAGAAGGGGUGGAUGCCACAGAAGGGUGCAUGGGCCUGUAAAGGAGACAUCAACAUUGGUGCUUCUGCCUGGUGUGGUUUUUGUGAGCUGCCUUGGCCUUAGUUGCCCAUUUUGAGUGUUUGCUUUCAGACAUGCAGAACCAAAGGUAACUGACAGCACAGAGGUGACACUAAGAUUACCUCUGUGUUGCUUCACUGCCAUGGUGCGGGAGGUGAUGCCUGUUCCCACAGCCACACAGGGCAGAGGGGCUGACAUCCUCACUGCUCAUGCCAAGCUAUCUCGCUGUCCUGGCCACAGCCCCACUGUAGAACGCUUGGCCCUGCAUUUCCUCUGGUUCCUACAUAAUGCCCCUGGUAUCCUAAGGCAUAACUGCCCAUUUUUUAUUUUUUUUUUUUUUGCCUUUUCUGUGCAGAAUUGUUCUUUCCUAGCAGUGAAGAGACUCUCAGAGACCUCUUCUCAAUACUCAGCAUUUCCACUACCCAAGCUGUGGUCUUUAAAAUGAGAGCGUACUAACAGAGGCUGCUUUCACCACGUUGGCACCUUGCUUCUUACAGUAUAGAAUAGGAAUAGUGAGUCUUAUCUGUGUUCUGAAACUGCACUGAGGUUUCUUGUGAAGUACAGUGAUAUUUCUACACAUCAAUAACUGAGUCCGUGAUUAACUACUUAGUGCUCUGGGUGAUAGGAGGAUGAUGCAUCCUUUACACUGCUGGCUUUUUCCAUCUAAAUGGCAAUCAUCAGUACUGCUUUCUGGAAAACAAAGAAAAACAAGGACCUUUCCCAAGUUAUUCUUUAUCAAAAUUACAGUCAAGCCAAUCAAAGCUUUCUGUUUAUCUACCUAAGUUUAUGUUUACAUUUGUAUUUCUGUCCCUAUCUUUAAAGUAGUAGUAAUUUGUGAGUCUUUUAAGACAGCAUGGAUGGUGACUCAGAAGCACUAUCUGAGUCAGUCUCAGCAGACUCCUUGAAGGAAGAUAUUGAGCCUACACAGAGAAGUAUUUGUGGGCAAAACACAUUUAAAAAGCUGCAAGACUGCAGAUCCCCUUCUUGCAGUGCAUGGCAGAAGCACAGAAAAAAAAUGGCAGUAACAGAGUGAAGCGCAUAAUUGCACAAGUAUCCAGUUUGAAAGGAUAGUACCAAUAAAGCUUGGUUCUUACAAAGUAAGAUUUCUUCAUACGUGAAGUUUCUUAGACUCAGAGGAUGCCAUUUAAAUACAUCUUUCAGAUAGUUUCCUUCCAGAUUUCAAAUGUGGGCUGCACCUUAGGAAAAAGUCACUCUUUGCCAGGGAGUAAAAGGGGUGGGACAGAAGCUGAUGUUUUGCUUGGUGUUUAUCCACGAGUGAAUUAGCAAAACAUUCUUGUCCUAGGUGGAAGAGAGCAAGAGAGCUGUUCACAGGGUAUCGCCAUAAGGCACAAUUAAAAAUGGGAGAGGUUGUCUGCAUUUGCCUAGAUUUCUUCCAGCCUGACCCCCUCAUUCAAGUGUUUACAGUUUGGGAACUCCUGUUUUCCACAGGUUUUCCUUCUGACUGGUCCCUGAAAGGGAGCCUGACUCCAGCAUAUCAGAAAAGGGAAGGGAAAUACUAAUUUACAAGUUAUUAAAUAAAUGAACAACCCUGUGGAGGCAUCUGUUUUUCUGGGUGUAGAGUUACUUAUGCUGGGUAGGGCUAAGGAUUUCCUGGCUUGCUUUACACUGGGGUGCAGAAACAAUUUUGUGCUUCGCUUUGUAGGUCCACUCUUGUGGUUGCAUUGAACAAAGCCCCUGAAAAAUCCCUGGGUUAUGAAAUAUUUCCUCUCCGUCGGGUCCCGGACAAGAGAUGGCAUCUGCAGUGCCAGAAAAGGAAAUCCUUGCCUUAUAGAGCGUGCUCUCGGUGUGACACAAUGGCUGAUAUAAAGUGUUGGGGGAGCUGAGCUGAAGGCAAAGGAACAAAGGAAGAUUGAGAUUCGGUGGCUCUCUCAGACAAAAGGAAAGCAGAAAGUGUCUCAGGAUGGAUAAAUUUAAGGCUGCGCUUGUGCUGGCAGGGGUUGGGGAUGCUCUUGGUUACCGCAAUUUCUCCCGAGAAAACAAUGCUUUAGGUGCAAAAAUCCAGCAGGAGCUGAAGGAAAUUGGAGGGCUUGAGAACCUGGUGCUCUCUCCUGACAAGUGGCCAGUAAGUGACAAUACGUUCAUGCACAUGGCUACAGCAGAGGCUGUCAUCACAGAGUACCGGAGUUUAGAAGACCUGUACCGGGAGCUGGUGAAACGCUACUUGGAUGCUAUCGAUAAGCUCUCGGGGAGGCGGCCAGACCCUGCUACCAUUGAAGGCUGCAGGGAAUUAAAACCAGACAACCACCUCCUCGCUUGGCACACACCGUUCAAUGAAAAGGGUUCUGGAUUUGGAGCAUCCACAAAAGCCAUGUGUUUAGGGAUGCGGUACUGGCAGCCAGAAAAGUUGGAGUUCCUUAUUGAAGUGAGCAUUGAAUGCGGACGAAUGACUCAUAACCAUCCUACAGGCUUUCUAGGGUCCCUGUGCACAGCUCUCUUUGUGGCAUAUGCUAUACAGGGGAAACCCCUUGCGCAGUGGGGAAGAGAGAUGAUGAAGGUUGUGCCGAUGGCUGAGGAAUACUGCAAGAAGACCAUUCGCCACAUGGCAGAAUAUCAGGAGCACUGGUUUUACUUCGAAGCCAAGUGGCAGUUUUAUUUGGAGGAGAGAGAAAUCAACAAUGAAAAUCAGAAUAAACCUGUUUUUCCAGACAACUAUGAUGCAGAGGAGAGAGAAAAGACAUACAGGAGAUGGAGCUCCGAAGGCCGGGGGGGGAGAAGAGGCCAUGAUGCCCCCAUGAUCGCCUACGACGCCCUGCUGGGCUGCAGCGGAGACUGGACAGAGCUCUGCAACCGCUCCAUGUUCCACGGAGGAGAAAGCGCAGCUACUGGGUCUAUCGCCGGCUGCCUGUAUGGCUUGGUUUAUGGCCUGAGCAAGGUCCCCAAAGGCUUGUACCAGGACCUGGAGCAAAGGGAGAGGCUCGAGUUCUUGGGCGAGAAUCUUUACCGACUAUCCAUGGAGGAAAACACCAAAAGCACACGCUUUUAUGGAGAUGAUAAGAUGCUGGUAGACCCUUUGGUGCUAAAGAAGAAGCUCGAUAGGAUGGCAACAGAGCAAGGGGCCUUUGCUGUUCUCAGCAGUCUGCUGCUAUACGUCACCGAGCUCGCAGCCAGUGAUCCACAGCUCAACAACAAGAGGACAAAAUGGGCAGAAGGUAAAGAAAACAAGGUGAGUUAUAGCCAGCCAGGUCUAGAUGCAAACAGGGGCCAGUAUCCAACCAGAUUUCAGCUCUUGCGGGCCAGGUUUCUAAACAACAAUCGUGAGCCGUACACCAAGAAAAGACGAGAAGUUGGCAGACUGGUAAUUAAGGAGAAGCUGUGGGUGAGCAGGGCUGGUAACAAGCUGGAAAGAAGCAGAGACAGGAAAGGAGAUGGAAAAGCAGCAGAGGAGGAUGAGGACACAGUGCCCAGCGAGAGGGCGAGGUGGAGCAGCGUGUGUGGGAAAAACACAGUGAAGAACAUCCUGAAGAAAUUCUUAGCUGCCGAAGAAAAAGAAGCCAAGGAAAAUUCUCCCAGCUGGAAAAAGAAGGAGCCAAAGAAUGGUUUGCCAAAGAUAGUCAAUAAGAGUGCAGUCCUGUCCAAACUGAAGGAGCAGUUUGAACAAAGCACUCUCCGCUCUGCUGCAGAGGUGAAAGCAUCCUUUUUGUGCAAAGGGGAGAAAAAGACCAAAAGCUUCCCAAGCAGAAAAACUAUUCGUAAGCCAGAGGUCAGAGUGCUGCGCACAGCAGCAAUGACAGCCACGGAUAUAAACAAUCCACACUCCCAGUUUCUGGUGUGCUCCACAGUCCCAGUGCCCAGACUCAGCAUGGCUACCAAAAUUAACCAUCCUUGGAGCUGGUUGAAAAAUAACACUGCCAAGCAGCCUUUUGGUCAUAACGCACCACUGAAGGAAAAGGGGGGAUCUGACAGAGAGCCUGAUGAGAACAACAUACCAGCAAAUGCAGCACAGGACAGGGAGCACAAAGAAGAGUUACCGGUGGCACCCAAGGUCAUGUCUGAUGCAAAGGACUGUGCUGAGACUAAAAUAGAUUCCACAAAACAAGGACCCAAUUUUAAUCCUAAUCUAGAUAGCUCUUCUAGUACCUGUAAAAACAAAGCUCUUGCAGACUGUGGUCCUCCCUUGUCUGAAUGUAGUUUAGACUGUGAGAACAAUAAUGUACUAGCUGGGCCUGAUGAAUCUUUACUGGGGAUUACCAGUGCUGUGCAACAUGUUAAGGAAGAUAGUCCACCUUCUAACUCACCUUACUCUAGCACAGCUGAAGAAUCCCAUGAACCAAGUCCUCAAGAUACUAAAACAGGUGAGAUUCCUGUAAUAACUAUGUAUGUGUACAGUUCAGAGGAAGCUGACACAGAGCUCACAGAGCCAGAAAAGAAUCCUUUAUUUACAGUCCAGGAAAGAUUUCCAGAGCAGAAAGCACUGGAAAAUAUUCUGCCACUUCACUCUUCAGGAGUUCAAGCAUCUUGUGAAGUUGAGUCUCCAAUGGAGGAUCAACAGCUAACUGUUGCAACACCAGCCUCUGGCAAAAGGCCACCAAUAGUCCAAAAAGAGGCACCAGGUUUAAUAGGCAGGUGUUCUGAGGAAGCCAAAAAGGAAGUGAAAUAUCACAGUGAAGAGAAAAUAUCCUCUGCUUCUAGCAAUAAUUAUAGUGAUGUCCCAAUGAAAAAUGAAGAGAAGAAUAAGAUACCCAACAGCCAAAUGCAAAAUGAAUCCAAAACCGAGCAGCAAGAGCCUCUUCAAAUGCAUAGCCCACAACAUAACUUUGUUAAUUACCAUGGAGACAUAUCAAAUCCAGAUGCUGGUCAGAUCAAACACACACUUUCCUUAAAUGAGAGCAAGGACCAGAAGUCUGGUGCUGCAGAAGAAGAGCAAAUCUCUUCUCAUUUGGAAAACAUGCAAAGCCCUUUGGCAGGUGACCUUAUGAGGUACCGUUUCUAUAUUGCAGAAGAAGAUUUUAGGAAGGACAAAUCAACGUCAUCAAAUGAAAUGAUCAAUCAUGCAACCAAUCAAGCCCUGCACAGGAGUACUUUUACUGACCUGGAGACCUGUCACAAGCCAUCUAAAUCUUUCAUUGAACAUGAAGAGAGCACUGCAGAUGAGAUGACCUGGCCUGACUCUGAGGCAUGCAAGUCCCUCUCAUCAACUCUUUUGCCAACACCAAUGAGUGGGAUUGCAGGACAAAGAAUCCAUCACACUUUUGGAAAUCCCCCAGCCCAUCCUCCUAUUGAUCUGGUGAGACAGGGAGCUGAUGGUGUGGGAGAUAAGCAUGCCAGCCAUGGCUGUGAGAAACAUCCGCCACCCUCUUCAGAUGAAUUGGCAAACCACGAGAAUGAUACACAGGUGGAGGAAAAAACCAUGUGUGAUUUUAAGAACCCAGUGCUGUCCGCGAAUCAUGCCACGGAAAAUGAAAACCCUACAGCUGAAGAGAAAAAUACGUGUGAGAGGUUUGAUAACUGUCUUUCAACCAAGAAACCAGGAAAACAUGAAAAUAAAAUCACACUCACAAGAAGGCCCCUAUUAACCUUGGAGAAGAACCGAACACCAACUUCAGAUGAUACCACAAAGCAAGAAAGUGAUAUGCUGGAAAAGAACCUGUCUCCUUCAUCAGCUGAAUCAGUCUCAGACAAAAAGAAGCACGUGAAAAGUAGAAAUAAGGUCUCUGAACAUACAAAGGAUAAACUCUUGUCAUCAGAUGAUGACAUAAAGCAUGAGAGUGGUAAGAUGGAGGCAGAGUACAGAGAAGAAAGAAAUGUCUUGCAUAAACUUGAGGAUGAGCAAGUAUUCACACCAAGUGAUACAGUGGAUCAUGAUAAUAACUCUUCAAAUGAGAAGAAUGUUCAAAGACCUCAAACAUCCCAGUUACCUUCAUCAAAGCAUGAUAAUAACAUUCAAGGAAUGCAAAAUACUGGGCAGAGUUUAAAGCAUCUAACACCUUCAAGAGAUUUUGUGAAGCACAAACAUGAUAUGACAGUAGAUGAAAACAUCUGCUGCAAUAAUGGUAAACACCAACUGUCCUCAUCAAAUGAACCAAUGAAACAUGCAAAUGACCAUGCAGUGCAAAAAAACAUCAAGUCAAACUUCAAGAAUUAUUCAAUGCCACCAAGACAUACAUCAAGGCAAAACAGUAAGACCACUGAUGAGGAGAAUACCCCUCAUAAUUUGAAAAAUGAACCAACGGAGCAUAAAAAGAGUUUUGAAGGAGAGAGGAAUAUUUCCUGUGAUCCUAAAAAUCAAAUGCCAUCAUCAAGUCCAUUGGUAAAGCAAGACAAGAAAUCCCCCCCUCUGGAGACACAGAAACAGAUGUCACCAGGUGACUUUGUAAAGCCUGAAAAUAAGUCUACUGAAAAAAAGACUAAGCAUACCUCUGAGAAGCUCCAGACACCUUCUCCAAAUGAAGUGCUAAAGCCUCAGGAAAGAAGUUCUUCAGGAGAUGGAAAGCAAAAGUCACCAGCAGCAGAGGACAGCAGAUCACCUGAAACAAAGGCUGUGAAAGAGGAUAAUGAGCACCAGUGUUCUGGAAAGUACCAGCUGUCUUCUUCAAGAAAAUCAGCAAAGCAGGAAGAAAACAUUCCAGGAGGAGAAAAGCAGCAAAAGAGACCUGAAGAUCUUGUGCCACCUGAUACAAAUGCUGCAAGACAGAAGAACAAGUUGCCAAUUUCCAGGAAGUACAGAUCAGUAUCAUCAGAAACUUUGGUUAAGCCUCAGGAAAAAAAUACUCAAGAAAAUAAUACUCCAAAACAACAGGAACAAACAUCAACUUCUGUAGGUUUUAAGAAGUCUGGUACUAAUGCUGUAAAAGAAAAAGGUGUAGAUCCAAAUCAGGAGAAGUCACCCUCUUCAAAGGAAGUGGUGAAGCCUCAGGAAAGAAGUUCUUCAGGAGACAGAAAGCAAAAGUCACCAGCAGCAGAGGACAGCAGAUCACCUGAAACAAAGGCUGUAAAAGAGGAUAAUGAGCACCAGUGUUCUGGGAACUACCAGCUACCUCCUCCAAGAAAAGCAGCAAAGCAUGAGGAAAACAUUCCAGGAGACAAGCAGCAAAUGAGACCUGAAGAUCUUGUGCCACCUGAUACAAAUGCUGUAAGAGAAAAGAACAAAUUCCCAAUUUCCAGGAGGUCAGUAUCAUCAGAAACUUUGGUUAAGCCUCAGGAAAAAAAUGCUCAGGAAAAAUAUACUCCAAAACAACAGCAACAAACAUCAGCUUCUGUAGGUUUUAAGAAGUCUGGUACUAAUGCUGUAAAAGAAAAAGAUGAAGAUCCAAAUCAUGAGAAGUCACCCUUUUCAAAGGAAGUGGUGAAGUCCCAAGACAAGAAUACUUCAGGAGACAGAAAGCAAAAGUCACCAGCAGCAGAGGACAGCAGAUCACCUGAAACAAAGGCUGUAAAAGGGGAUGAUAAACACCAGUGUUCUGUGAACCAUGAGUUACCUCCUUCAAGUAAACCAUCAAAGUCUGAGAAAAAUGCUUCAGGAGGAGAAAAACAACGAACUGUAUCUGAAAGUUUUACAAAGUCUGAUGCAAUUGCUAUAAAAGGUAAAAGCAAAGAUCCAGGUUCUGGGAUGUGCCAGUCCCCAUCUUCAAAUUUGCUGGCAAAGCUUCAAGAAAAGAACUCCACGGUCACAAAGAAGCAAUUGCCACCACCACCUGAUGAAAAAACAGUGUAUGAAACUGGUAGUCCAGAAAAAAAGAGUGGGCCUGAGAGAAGAGAAAAAUACCAGCUAUUCUCUUCAGCUCAGUCAGAGAGGCACAGCAAUGAUGGCUCAGAAAAGGAAGGCCCUGUGGGCAGCUUCAAGAGUUAUCAAGCUCCACUGCCAAGUGAUGGUAUAUAUUGUAAAAGCAGUACUCUACCAAAACAGACCAAUUUGUCCCCCAGAUCAUCCUCAUUUCAUGUUGCAUCAAAAGAGGAGGAAAAUUCGAAUGGAAAUAGAAAAGGUCAGCCUGGAUUUAAAAAGUACCAAGCUCUCUCAUCAAAGAAUUUGGAGAGGCAUGAGAAUGAUGUUGCAGAGAUGGAGGGGAGCUUGCAGGCAGCUGGCAAAACAACUGAGAACUGCGCUAAAGCAGCAUCACUCCCAAAAUACACAGCAGAAAGCUACAGUGAAAGACCCUUAGAUUCAUCUUUCAAACCACUGAUCAUUAGAGUAAUUGACACAUUUAAACAUCACAGCUAAAAAACAUGGCUACAGCUUAGGCAAGAACUUACAACUGAUCAUGCCACCGACUCUCAAUCUUUCUUUUUUCCUUUACUCUCCAGGGCAUUAUAUUAUCAUUUUUUAAUCACAAGGACAUUGACGCACAUCUGUCUGAGCUGGGCUUUUUUCCUUUCUUAAACAUUAGCCUGAAGACAUGAAUUAAAUUAAUCACUGCAAGUGAAUUAGCUAAUCACUGAAUUAAUCAUCAGUUUAUAAAUUAAAUAUGAGAAAGGCUUUGAGAUCAGCAUGAAUUCAGCCCUGCUCCAGACUCUCCAUGCUAACUAAUGGGUUUUGUUUGUAACAAAGACCACUGUUCAGAGUGAACUCUAUUUGUAUUUACUUAUUCUAAUGAAACUCCACUAGAACUUCUUCCAGGAAUGGUGUUAGGCAGUGUCAGCUUUAAUUAUGUCAAAAAGCACUUGUUCGAAGCUCUGUCUUUUCACAGAUUAACAGGAGCUGUUGAUCUAUUGCUGCACUGAGUGAUGCUGUUAACAGAAGUAAUGAGGGAAGGAGGGAAAUGCUUCAUUUAUCUGCAGAAAAAUCCUUAAAGGACGUUGACACUACAAGAGGGGUUUCUGUGAAUGCGAAUGUUCAGCCUCAUUAAUAUUAAUAUUGGAAAAAAAUAGUGGUUUAACCUCCUCUUAAGCUAUUUGCACUUUGGCCAUACACUGUAUGUGUUAUUGUUGUAAAGAUAUGCCAUUUCAAGGGCUUCUUAAUUACUGCAGAUGAACAUGCAACAAGUGUAUGAGCUCAGAAAAGCUCAAUGCUGAAAGGCCCUGAGGACCUCUCCUGAGGACAAUGUAAGCCAGAAAGAUGCAACACCUUGCCAGGGCAAUUCAGCUCUUCCUGGGACAUCUGUCCCACUUCAAAUCAUGGGGCACACAGACGUGAGGCAGGUGCUGCUGCUUACAUUAAAAGUCUUACAAAGUGUUUAUUUUACAACACAAUGUGAAACGGAGCAUUAAGAAGCAGACAAUGUCACUGAAUCCUACUAAUGGGAUAUGAUUUUUUGUGUUUACAGUAGAAGUGGCUUCUGUGCAAAGUAUGUGUGUGAUAAAUGUUG